AUGUCUGAUACAGGCUCUCUUCGACUAGGUCGUCCUACCACCGGCGCUGAUAUUGGCGAAAUUCAACAAAAAAUAAGUCAGGCUGAAAAAGAACUCAGUCAACUCAAACUCGAACUCGACCAAACCAAACAACAAGCCAAACAAGCUGAAGUCUAUGCUCAAGAAAGUGGCAGAACCAACCGAAAACUAAAGACCGAGAUCCAGACGUUGACAGACAUGAGUAACCGUAAAGACAGACAGGCAGAAAACUCCAAGGCCACGGCUUUUUUUUUUGAGGGACAAGUCAAGAAAUACAUGGAUGAGAUUGAGACCGCCAAACAAGGCAUGGGACAUUUGAAAGAACUGGACGAACAACUGAAUCGAGCCAAGGAAGAACAGGAAGAGCUUGAAAAGGCGUCCAAGGAAGAAGCUAUGCGCGUCAAGACUAUCAUCAAAGCCAUGCAAGAUGAACAUAAAGAAAACAAAGACAAGAUCAAGGCACAACUUGAUCAAGCUUAUGCAGAACUUGAAAAGACAUCAAAUCAAGCUAUACAGUUGCAACAAGAAGUGCAAAAAAAGAUGGAAGAGGAGUUACAGCAAGGUUCUGACAUUCAAACAUUAGAGAAAGAACACCGUGCUUUAGAACAAAAGCAAAUGGAAGCUGUCAAACUGGUUUAUCAAGAAGUUGAACAACUCAAGAAAAGACUAGAGCAGUCAGAAGCUUCUACACUUACACAUGAAGACAAUAUGGCUGCUGUCAAGGAAGACAUGGAUCGCAUCAUGCGUCGUCUUCGUGCGAUUGAACAAAACGAAUAA